AUGGCGUGGAACACACAAGGCGUGAACCAAGGCGCGAAAGACAAGAAGUUGGGUGAUGAUGACCCAAAGAACUGCACAAUCUUUGCGUACGGGCCCGAAGCAAAGUGCAAUCUCAGUCGAGUGACUGUGGGCUUCGGCGUAGUCAUAUUUAUCUCAUUCAUCCUCACCACCGCCAUCUCCGGCUACUACGCCAACAAGUUUCGCAAAGAAGGCGUCAUGCCCUACCAGUCUGCCAAGCAAGAUCCGCGCCACACCGGCGGUGACAACUCCAAGGACAACGCGUGGUCCACCGACAUUGAGCACCACGACGGCCGCGACUCGGACGAGGAAGACCGCCGCACCGAGCACGGAGGCAAUCAGCAGGAAGACGAGUACGCGCUACUACACUCGACGGAGACGGACGAGGGACGGCACCCGGGUCGGCCGCUGAGCUGGGGCGAAGACCAUAGAGUCGGUGGACCGUAUGUUGCCCCAAGCCAUGGCCAAGGCCAUGUGCAAAUGCCGUAUGCGGCCUACAACGACGAUAACAAUAGUGCGCUGAGCCCGGGCGGUUACGAGGAGUAUAGGAGGGAUCCGGCGCCAGGAGGAGCGAAGAGAGAUAGUUCGUUCGGCGGGAGCGGAUACAGUUUCAGUGGAAGACCAUAG